UAAAAAAAAUAAUAAUUCAAAAAAUAUAUUUAGAAAUUAUUUACUUUAAUUAUUAAUAAUAAUAAUUAACAAAAAUAACAACAAUGAUAAUGAAACCGCCGAUAAAAGUAUUGAUUACCGGUGCUACUGGUAGUAUAGCCUACAGUUUAAUACCGAUGUUGGCCAGUGGACAGGUCUACGGUUUGGAUCAGCCGAUAAUUUUGCAUCUAUUUGCCCGACGAGUGAAUCUAUUGGCCGGACUUGCGAUGGAAAUCGAGGACAGUGUCUAUCCGUUGGUCAAGUCGUUUGUGGUCACCGAUGAGGAAUCGGUAGCUUUUUCUAAAGUCGAUUCAGCAUUUUUGAUGGCAUCGACACCGAAACUGCCCGGUAUGGUCAGGAGCGAUAUGUUGGCCGCAAAUGUUAGGAUAUGUGCAAAACAUGGCAAACUUUUGGCCAAAUAUGCUAAACCUGAUGUAAAAGUGCUGGUCGUAUGUAAUCCAACCAACACAUGUGCACUAGUAGUGGCCCAAAAUGCUGCACCUGUUAUAUCAUCGAGCAAUGUGACCGCAUUGACCCGUUUGGACCACAAUCGGGCCGUACAAAUGUUGGCUGCCUAUCAUAAUGUCAGGUGCAGUGACGUUGCACGUGUUGCUAUUUGGGGCAAUCACUCGCACACACAGUUUCCCGAUGCUAGUAAUGUCCUAAUAAAUGGACAGUUGGUAACAGUAGCCAAAGACAGUUAUUACACCCAUGAGUUUGUCGAUAGUGUCCGACAAAGAGGUUUUGCUGUUAUUAAAGCUCGCAAUAAUACGUCGGCACUUUCGGCGGCCAAAGCUUCGGCUGAUCACAUGCAUGACUGGUGGACAGGUACAGAUAACUGGGUAUCGAUGGGAGUCUUAUCGGAUGAUAACCCGUACGGUGUGCCACAGGAACUGGUGUUUAGUUUUCCCGUAACAGUAGAUAAGUGUAGCAAACAGUGGAUGAUUGUUGACAACAUUGCACUAACAGAUAGAUCUAGAAAUGCUAUAAAAGUGUCGGUAAAUGAAUUAAUUGAGGAAAAAUAUGAGGCAUUAAAUUGUUUAAAAUCAUAAUUAUUUUUUAUUUAUAUGUAU